AUGGAAACUUCUCGGCGACCCUACCUGAAAUCACUUGCCCAACGCGGCUUCGUCCAAGGUGUCACAAUCUCUGUGCCGGGAGACGACGGCCCUGAUCUCUGCCACUACUUCGGCGGCGUCCGCUAUGCACUGCCCCCAUCACAGCGAUGGCGACUUGCCCAGCCAUUGCCACCAACAUUCACCUACGGCACCCAGGAAAUUCCAGGUAAAUGUGACGGCGGGGCAGGAGUAUGUCCACAGCCAGCGUUCUGGGACAUUGCACCCGAGAACGAGAACGAGGAUGCAUGGACAGAAGACUGCUUUCAAUGUAAUGUAUGGGUGCCGAUAGGAGAGGCGCCGCAAGACGGGUGGCCCGUUUUUAUAUUUAUUCAUGGCGGUUGGCUUCAAUUCGGCUCUCCUAAUUCUUUCAACGUUGCUGCGCUGAUUGGCGAAACCGACUUUAAGUGCGUGAUCGUCAUGCCUGCUUAUAGGGUGAAUCUCUUUGGCUUCUUGUACUCGGCUGAGUUGGAACUGGACGCUGCAGAGGCAGGGGAAACAGUUGGGAAUCAUGGCUUCUGGGACCAGAGACUUGCAAUGGAGUGGACGAAGGAGAAUAUUCACUUGUUUAGUGGCAAUGGAAGCAACAUUACCAUCGCUGGUUACUCUGCAGGUGCAAAUUCAGUUUUCCAUCAAUUGGCCUAUGAUCUACGCCAGCCAGAUGACCAGUCAAUUAUCCGACAAGCAUGCAUCUGGUCCAAUUCCCCAGCAGUGCAACCAAAGUAUCCAAAAGAAACCCAACUCCAAUUCAACGAGCUACUGGCGGCACUGAGCAUUUCGCCGAAUCUACCCGCAGCUGAAAAGCUGUCUCUUCUCCGUUCUAUCCCAGCAAAAAAGUUGAUAGACGUAACCAAAACACUGGAAAUGCACCAAUUCCGCCCAACAUCAGACACAGGCUUCGUUAGCGCAACCUUAUUUGAUGCCCUAGACAAUGGAGAUUUUGCCCGUAAAUUACUGGAGCGGAAUAUCCGGUUGAUUCUGGGCGAGUGUUGCGACGAGCAUUUCGUCUAUAGCGUGUGGUACCCUCCAAAGGCCGAUACCCUACCUGCCCUUCGCAAGCGUCUUAUUGCAGACUAUCCAGAACGCUUCGUCGAUGCACUUCUGACGCUGCAUUAUCCGGAUGGAAAGCUACCAUCCGACUGCAGAGAUUGGGUAUCGGAUGCAUGGGGGAAGAUAUAUGCCGACAUGCAAGUCCACGAAAUGCAACGCGGGUUCAUUUACGCCCUGACUUCUAAUACGGGCGGGGUGGAUGCUUCACGGCUGCUACAUCGAUAUCGGGUUGAGUUUCGCGCGAAGUGUGUGGAUAAGUCCUUUCCGCCGGAGUGGGGGGUUACUCACUCGUCUGACUAUCCGUUGUGGUUUUGGGGUAAUGGGGAUGUGUUGAGCUCGGAUGAGAAGAAGAUUGCUCUGGAGGCUUUCGUCGGUCCGCUGAGUCGCUUCGUUCAGGGGGUUGCAGCUGGCGCUGAUGAAUUUGGCUGGAACACGAGUGGUUGGAAGGGUAUGCGAACCUUGAAAUCUGAUGGGGUUGUAGAGACUAGAGAAGACCCGACAUGGGAACAGGGCGUGAGAGUUUGGAAAGGACUGAGAAAGGUUGAUGCAGCUACGUAG